AUGAAACAUAGCAAUCCUAAUGAAGAAAAUAAGAAAGAUGUUACAUUAAAUGAACAAGAAAAGACUGUAACUAAUGGAUCUGAUGAAACAAAUGAAACUAAGCAAGUGAAAUCAGCUGUUAGUACUGUUCAACGUAAAAUUCCUCGUGGUAAGAUACCAUAUGAAUAUUUGGUGAAAUAUCAACAGCAGAGUUAUGCCCAUUGCAAAUGGAUUACAGAAGAUGAUAUUGAAAGUGAUCCAGAUCCUAAGGUUCGUAUUAAAUAUUUGAGAUAUAUACAGCGAUUAGAACAGCGCGGACUGGGACAUUCAGAUGCAACAACAUAUAUUGAAGAUGUACCUGAACUGCAAUAUAUAGAUGGUGAAAUUGAUCGUAUUGUAGACUGUACAGAUGUAUUUAGAGCAUUAUAUCCUAUGAAGGCAGCAGAAAUAGGUAGGAAUGAAUGGUAUAUUUAUUGUUUAAAGAUUAUAGAUGCGUUAGUUUGCUUUGAUAGAAAAGGAAUAAAGUAUGGUAUACCAUUUUUACGCCCUGUAGAUCCAAAUAUGGAUGGUGCAUCAGAUUAUUAUGCGGUUAUUAUGAGACCUAUGGACUUUACAACUGUACAAACAAAAUUGUAUCUACGUAUAUACUCUCAGCCACAAGAAUUUUGGAGUGAUGUACAGCAAAUAUUUACAAACUGCUUUCAAUAUAACUCAGUUGAUAGUGAUAUACAUGUACAAGGAAGGCUUAUGAAAGCUUUAUUUGAUAAAUUAUAUGGUGAGUGGGCACUUUUGUCUAGGCAAACUCAAGAAGAUCUAGUCAAACAGAAGAGUGAAGAAUCACCAAGUGAAUGGAUAGAUGAUAACACAAUAACAUUAGAGAGUGCUAUUCAACAUAUUACAUUCCGUGAUUUAUUGGCACUACCGAAACGUCCAAUUAUGUAUUUGGCUAAAUGGAAACACUUGUCAUUUUCAGAUACAUCUUGGGAACAUGAGGUUGAUAUAAAUGAUACAAGUAAAAUAUUGCAAUUUCAUCGUUUUAUUAGAGUACCCGAAUAUAUUACUACAUCACAUAAUGGUCCUGCAGCAAUUGGUUAUGACUUGUACAAAAGAAUGAUAAGUGAAACUUAUACAUAUAUUCGUCAUACUUUUUCUUGGAUGAAUAAUCAGUUUGGCCUGCGUCUUAUUCCACCUCAAGCUCCAUCAUAUGUUGCAAAUAAUACUACUUCAAAUAAUGCUGAUUCUGAUGAUGAUGACACUCAUAUUCCAUAUUCAAAUAAGAGGAGACAAAAGAAUCGUUAUUCUAUUAGGACUUAUGUUCCUACAACGUUCUCAAAUUUACCACAAUUAACAAGUGCAAUAUCGAUUUAUGGUCAUCAAUAUCAACAUCAUCAACAUCAACAUCAACAUCAACAUCAACAUCAACAUCAACAUCAACAUCAACAUCAACAUCAACAUCAACAUCAACAUUAUCAACAUCAACAUCAUCAACAUCAACAUCAACAUCAACAUCAACAUCAACAUCAACAUCAACAUCAACAUCAACAUCAACAUCAACAUCAACAUCAACAUCAACAUCAACAUCAACAACAACAUCAACAUCAACAACAACAACAACAACAACAACAACAACAACAACAACAACAACAACAACAACAACAACAACAACAACAACAACAACAACAACAACAACAACAACAACAACAACAACAAUACCAUAAACAUCAAAAUAUUUCAGGGGUUAAUAUUCCUGAUAGUUGUACUACCAAUUCUAACGAUAAUUCAAAUAAUAGAAACGAUGGAUCACUAAAUCCAAAUACUAUAAUGGCUGCACAGAAGUUGUUGCAAAUGAUAACAGCAAAUAACCCAAAUGCAGCAAAUGCUUUAAGUACAGCAAUGAGCAAUCCUGCUGUAGCUGGUCUUGUUAGCAAGUUAUUACAAGGAGUUAAUAAUAAUGGUGCUAAGGGGGAAGGAAAUGUUGCUUUACAAAAUUUUAUUAGACAAGCACAAGUUCAAUGGUUAAUGCAGAUGAAACAAAAUAAAGCAUCUGAUAUAAAUAGUAAAGUAGAGAAGAAGGCUGAUAUUGAGACUACAUUUAGUGAGAAGGAAGGUGGAGUAAUAAAUAAUGAGACUAGUGGGAAUAAGUUUACUGAAGGAAACCAAGUUAUAAAAAGUGAGGUGACUGGAGUACAUAUUUUAGCUGAGAAUUUGAACAAACAAGUUGAAGUUCAGAAUUUCAAUAUACAAACUAAAUCAAACGAGCUAUUAAUUAAAAGUGACUCUAAUAAUGAUCCAGUAGGAUAUAUAGCGAAUAAUCAGAGUAAGACAAAUGGUAGAGUUGAAGUCCCCAAUAUUAAUAUAGGUAGUAAGGAUAAUACAGAGAGAUCUUGUUCUGCACCUGUUUCAAUAAUUGGUGACUCUACUUAUAUAAAAAAGCCAUUAAUACAACCUAGUGCACAACCAAGUGAUGUAGUUAAUGAAACUGAUAUUUUCUUUGCAAACUCCAGCAAUGGCCAAGGUAAUAGGGGAAAUAAAGAUAUAUCUAUGUGUGAUGGUUUAGUCGAAAAUAAAUCCACGAUAGGAAAAUAUAGCUCUGAAGAUAAAGAAAUGUAUAUAUAUUCUAGCUAUGAACUGACGAGUAAAUUAGAUAUUGAUUUGUACAUAUUUAGUUGUGAAGAUGAUGAUAUAUAUUUUAAAAGUCAAACUGAUAUUUCAAAUUAUUGUGAUGGUUUGGAGAAAGUUAGUGAUGAAUCAUUGGUAAAGAUAGAUACUAUUAAUGAAGAAGUAGCCACAGAAAGUAAUGAUAAGAUUUCUAAUUCUCCUCAAUUACAAGAUGAAGAGAAAAUGUCAGAUCCUAUUACAACAGAUAUAACGAAGAAUAGAGCUUCAACACAACCUGAAGUAAAGAUGGGACUGGCCAGUCUGUGUGCUAAUAAUGAUAUAGCUGAGUUGUUCAGCCGUCAGAAACGUCCACCACCUCCACCUCCGGGAGUUUCUAGGCAUUACCCAGUAUCUCCAAUAUUUAAAAGUGGUUAUCAGCUUUUUGACUAUCAAUUAGCUGGACUAAAUUGGUUAUUACAAUUAUGGUCAGAGGGACGUAAUGGAAUAUUAGCUGAUGAAAUGGGACUAGGCAAAACAAUGCAAACAAUGUCAUUUAUUUGGCAUUUAGUUUAUAAAGAGAAAUAUAGGGGUCCAUUUUUGAUAGUUGCUCCAUUAUCGACACUAGAUCAUUGGAAGAGAACUUUUGAGGAUUGGACUGAUUUGAAUGUAGUUUCAUAUUAUGAUGAGGGUGGUAGAAAUGGUCGUGAUUUACUAAGGCAUUACGAAUGGUAUCAUCAAUGUUUACAGUUUGACAUGCGUGGGAGAGGACGUAACAAUUAUAAUAGUAUAAGGAGUAGUUAUGGCCAUAGUUAUCUGAAUGAACCUAGAUUAGUACAUACACAGCAUUAUAAAUUCCAUAUAUUAUUAACUUCUUAUGAAAUAUUGUUAGCUGAUGCUGAUAUCCUAUGUAUAAUGCCUUGGCAAUUUGUAGUUAUUGAUGAGGCACAUCGUCUGAAAAAUAGGGGAGCUAAAACACUACAAGUAUUUAAGAGUAUUGCAUGCCGUCAUAUAUUAUUACUGUCAGGUACCCCAGUACAGAAUAAUACUGAGGAAUUGUGGCCAUUAUUAAAUUAUAUAGAGCCUAUAAAGUUUGCAAGUAUAGAAACAUUUACACAGGAAUUUGGUGACCUACAAAGUAGUGCUCAAGUAUCAGCACUACAUGAACUACUACGACCCCAUUUACUACGUCGUGUAAAAGAGGAUGUAAUGAAGGAAAUCCCACCUUUGGAAGAAACCAUCAUUGAUGUUGAACUAACUACGGCACAAAAGGCAUACUAUAGAGCAAUCUUUGAAAGGAAUAGGGCAUUCCUAUGUAAGAAUGUGACUGUUGGUGGUAAGAAAGUGGGUGUUGGGAAUAUACCGUCAUUAAUGAAUGUAGAAGUUGAAUUAAGGAAGUGUUGCAACCAUCCCUUUCAAGUUGUUGGUGUUGAAGAACGUGAAGUAGCAUUAUGUCGUACCUCUGAGGAACGUUAUAGGAAGAUGGUGGAAUUGAGUGGUAAAAUGGUAUUAAUGGAGAAAUUACUACCUAAAUUAAAGGCAGAAGGACAUAAAGUAUUAGUAUUUAGCCAAUUUAUUCAAACACUGACACUACUAGAAGAAUUAGUGGAACAUCACAAAUGGGGCUAUGAGAGAUUGGACGGAAGUAUAAGAGGUUCUGAUCGCUCAGCUGCUAUUACAAGAUUUAAUGCUGAUGAAUCAGAUAAAUUCAUAUUUUUAUUGUCAACUCGUGCUGGUGGUCUAGGUAUAAACUUGACAUCAGCUGAUACUGUUAUUAUAUUUGAUUCUGAUUGGAAUCCACAAAAUGAUGUACAAGCGUGUGCUCGUGCACAUCGUAUAGGACAGACAAGAGAUGUUAAAGUAUAUCGUUUGAUAACAGCAAGAACAUAUGAGGCAGAGAUGUUUGAGAGAGCAAGUCGUAAAUUAGGCCUAAAUACUGCAGUAUUUCAUAAGGGAGCUUUUAGAGAAGAAGGUGGUGUAGGCACUAGUGGAGAGCCAACUAAACAGGAAAUUGAGGAUUUGUUAAAACAUGGUGCAUAUUACUUGUUAGAAGGUAGUGAAGCUUCUAGACAAUUCCAAGAAAGUGAUAUUGACGAAAUAUUGAGCAAAAAUGCUCGUUUAGUGCGCUAUCAAUUAAGUGGGAAAAAUUCGUCAUUUAGUAAGACUAGUUUUAGAAGUGAUAAUACACUACCUGAUCUAGAUGUUAAUGAUCCUGAUUUCUGGAAGAAAGUAUUAGGCGAUAGUAGUGUAUCAUCAUUCUUAGUACAGUUACAAAGUGGUAGUGCUAUUAGAGAUGGAGAAAGCAGGGACAAGUUUUUGCAGGAUCUUGAGGAUUCAGUUGAUGGUGCAGCAGCACUUGAUAGUUUGGAUCCAUUAAUUGAAGCACUAGUUCAAGUAACAAAUAUGAGGGAGUUUAGUGAAUUACAAAGGCAAAAAGCAGAAGAUUUAUUAGCGAAAGUACAAGAUAUAGUGCGUACAUUACAGCCAAAUACAGAGAAUAUUGAUGAUGAUACUCAAGAUGAUACUGAUUUGAGAACUAGGAAGAAAUCUAGAAGAAGUACAAGAGCAAGAGAUUUUGGUCUUGAACCAUAUAUUUUGGAUGAUAUUAUAGAAAAUGAUGAUGUACCAAGAGGUAGUGGUAGAGGUAAAAAAGGGAAGGGAAAUCAGAAGAAGUCAAAACGUUUAGAUGAUGCAAUUGAUACACCCAGUGAAGAUGAUCCUAAGGACGAAUCGUUUGAUCCAAGGUCUGUUAUAAAGAACACAAGAAGUACAUCGAGAAGUUCUAUUAGAAGUGGGAAGUUAUCAGGCAAUGCAAAUAGAUCAACAAAAACUAAUAAUACUACUAUAAGUAGCAAUAUUGAUGAUAAUACAAUAUAUCAAGAAGAACCCUUGAAAACAGGGAGAAAGAGAAGAAAUAUAUCUACUAGUGAUAACAAUAGUACUACAUCGACAUUAUCCCCAAAUUCAAAUAACAACAGAAGAAGAAAUAGAAGAGAUGCUGCAGCUGCAAUGAUGGCCUUAUUGGCGGCAGAAAUUCCUGAUGAGGAUGAAAGUGAAUAA